CCCCCCUCUCUCUCUCUCUCAGGGAGGGCCUGUCUCCAGCCUCAACAUGAACCUCUAUGCUACCAAGAAGUCCGCGGCCGAAGGCAUGCUGGACCUUGCUCUGUUCCUCGCCAACAUCACACACAUGAAGACCGUCAUCGAGCAGGGCGCCGGCUUCAGGUACUACAUCGCGGUGCUCACGCUCAUCUCCUUCUCACUGGUUCUUCAGAUAGUGGCCGGAGUGUUGAUCAUCAUCAUCGGUCGCAUUGAGUUCUACCGGCUCCCCUCUUAUCGCCGACUGUUGAUCUUCCUCAACAACUCGAUCACCUUCAUCAUCUUCCUCACCUUCAUCAUCAACAUCCUGCUGGCCGGCUUCGGCACCCAGCGCAGCUGCCUCCUCCAGUGGAUGUUCCAGCGCCUCUUCCUCAAAUAGACCUAAAACACGUUAAAAACAUGUUAAGGACACGUUAAGAACAUGUUAAGGACACGUUAAGAACACGUUAAGGGCACGUUAAGAACACGUUAAGAACACGUUAAGAACACGCUAAGAAACACGUUAAGAACACGUUAAGAACACGUUAAGAAACCCGUUAAGAACACGUUAAGAAACACUUUAAGCAACACGUUAAGAACACGUUAAUCAACACACACUGGUCACAUCGGGACAGCCUCCACAUUCUCCCGUUCUCAUCCCUUCCCCGACACAUAAGCAGAAGUCAUACCUCAGUGUGAUACCAAAUUAUGUUUCAGUAACUCGUCCUCAAAGUAACAUUAAACCACAAACACACCCUCUUCUUGCCCCCAACACACAGCAAUAGACAGAGAGAACACAAAUUAGUGGUAAUAAAGAGUCAACUAGAUCUACGUUAUUUUUCUAUUUCAAUCCUCAAUCUCUUAUUACUCUUAAUAUUUUUUUUUUACUUAAUUCGGUUCCCAUGUAUUGAAAUGUUAAUAGGUAAACUUUUUAUUGUUAUAAGCUUUAAUUGCGUUAAAGUGCGUAAAAUCAACAUAUUAAGCCGGGAUUAUAAUAUGUCGCAGAGAAUGGAGGGUGUGUGCGUGUGUGUGCAUGCAUGUGGGUGUGUGUGUGUGUGUGUGUGUGUGUGUGUGUGUGUGUGUGUGUGUGUGUGUGUGUGCAUGUGUGUGCAGGUGUGUGUGUUCAUGUGUGUGUGUGUGAGUGAGUGAGUGUGUGCAACACUCUCAGGCCUGCUGAUCUGCAGGCAUGCACUGGGGUGUACCAAACGUGUGCGUUUCCUCUUUACAUGUGUGAGUGUGCAAACAUUGUAUGUGUGUGUUUGAAACGUGUGCGUCUGCAUCUGUGAAUGGAUGUGUCUGCGUGGAUAUGCAUGUGUGUAUUUGUGCGUGUGUGCUUGUGUGUUUGUGGGUGUGUUUGUGUCAUAGCCCGCAGAGACCUGAACGUGACGUCCAAUCAGAAACGACUGGAAUAUCUGAACAAUCUUGCCACGGGCUUCAUCUUCGUUACCACGGUGACCAACGUCUUUAUCAGCUUCUUCGGAUCCAAGAGGACCGGCUUCUUCCGCUGGCUCCUGGCCAGACUGCACUUCUGACACA